CUCUACAUCCAUCUUCUAUGUCAAUGUCCAUCCCAACAUUCAGAAAAUGAAGUUUCCGGAAUCAGUUCCUGCUCUACUUCUGUUCCUCAUAUGCCAUUUCAUGCUAUACGGAAAUUCAGUAUCUCAUACAGUCACAUUCCACAUCCAAAACAAAUGCCCCUUCUCUAUAUGGCCGGCAACAGCACCUAACAAUGGCCACCCAGUGAUAGCCAACGGCGGGUUCUACCUCCCAAGAGGCCAGACCAAACGGGUCAUCGCCCCAUGGACCUGGAACGGCCGGAUCUGGGCUCGAACCGGAUGCAACUUCAGGUCGAACUGGAACUCAGCCUGUGAAACCGGCGACUGCGACGGGCGACUAGAAUGCGAAGGGCUCAUCGGUAAACCGCCAGUCACACUGAUUCAAGUUUCUCUUCAGGGAGACCAAGGAAAGCCGGACUUCUACGAUGUGAGCUUGGUCGACGGCUAUAAUCUACCAGUUUCGGUGGCGGCAAGGUCGGCGCCGGCCAAGUGUUCUAUUGGAGGUUGCUUUAAAAAUGUGAACAGUUUGUGUCCGAAUGAGCUGAAGGUACUGAACGGCAGAGGAGAAGUGGUGGCGUGUAAAAGCGCUUGCUUGGCUUUCAAUUUGGACUACUUUUGUUGCAGGAAUGAGUAUGGAAGCCCCCAGAAAUGUAAGCCCAGUGCGUACUCGAAGAUGUUUAAGGAUGCUUGUCCUUCUUAUUAUAGCUAUGCUUUUGAUUCACCCCCGCCUUUGGUCAGCUGUGCUGCUAAAGAAUAUGUGAUUACCUUCUGUCCUUCAGCUUGGGGUGGUGAAGGUGAACAUACUUCUGUCUAUUAAAUUCAUAUGCCUGACCAUUUGUCAUGUAAUUGGAAAUUUUCAUGAUGUCUCUAUAAUUAUUUAAUAAAAUAUAGUAUCAACAUUUGGUUCUUAAA